UUCCCAAAAGAAGAGAAAUAAAAACUUUGACAUUUGUAGUUCGCCGAACCGCAACUUUUAUUACAAUUGUUGUGUGCUUUCUACAACUCUGCGGAUAAUUUAUUAUUCGCUGCUAGUAAUUUAAUACACAUCCCUACCCAACACACAGAAGCCGCAGCAUGGAAGAGAUCGAAUUACCAAAAUUAGAAACCGACCAAAAAUCAUAUGCUGGUAUCCCGGAGGCUGUGUUUGUGGACGAUGUGGAGCAGUACAUGAAAGAGUCCGGCAACGAAGAUAGCGUGGAAAAGGUGCUGAAAAACUUUGACGAGCAACACAGCAAGUAUCGGUUCAUGGAAUACAACAUGGUAUCGCGCAGAAGACGGCUGCGGCAGCAAAUUCCGGAUCUUACGAAAAACCUGGAAAUGAUCAAACACCUGCGCGAUCAAAGCGACGACCAGGAAACCCAGUUCUUACUCAGCGAUCAGGUGUUCGUGAAGACGAUCAUGCCGCCCACGAAAACGGUGUGCCUGUGGCUCGGUGCUAAUGUAAUGCUCGAAUACCCACUGGACGAGGCGGAGGAGCUGCUGCGCCAGAACAAGAAGUCGGCCGAGGUGAACCUGCGGUGUCUGGAACACGAUCAGGAAUUUCUGCGCGAUCAAAUCACCACGACUGAGGUGAACAUGGCACGGGUGCACAACUACGACGUGAAGAAGCGGCAAGCGUUGAAGGCAUCGGGAGAGGACAAAGCGUAAAAGAAUGAUCACGUGUGCAAAGUAUCACGGCGAAAAUAAAACUGCAUUUCCGAUACACCAUCGUUAUACAUUUUA